CCGGAAGUUAAUUAUAAUGUGAAUUUUCGGUCGUGGAGUUUACACAGAAGUACAUUGCGUCUUUGGUUUCCGACCCAAGACAAAUAUUUAGAGAACUUGAAGAUGACAGAGUUUGACAACCAAAGCAGACACUGAGGUAGCAGAAUUUUCAUUGAGAGCACACUGAAGUUAUAACAAUGUGACCCGACAUAUUAUAGGGGAUUGCAGACAAUUAUUAUCUUUAAAGGAGCAUCCUGUUUUAUUUGACAAAUCUUCAUCAAACUUGGCAAGAUGGGUGAGACUUUUGCACAGUGGAAUCUCCUUCAGCUCUCGUUUAUCGCAGUGUUUCCAGCAUAUCUAGCCUACAUUAGGAUUGUCAAUGGGAUGGCCCUGGUAUCCUUGUAUGUCUACUUGUUUGUUUUGUGUAUGCCGGCCAUGCUGAUACAGAUGAAGCUCGGGGGAUACAACCAGAAAGGCAUUGUGGGACUGCUGUCCCAGCAUCUGCCAAUUAGUAAAGGUGUGGGUGUGGCAUUGUUGGUUGACCUUUUCCUGACCUGUUUAUAUGUUGCACCAUUGGUCUGUCAUUUUGGAAUGUAUGCCAUUAUCUCAAUGAUAGAACAACCCUAUGUGUGGAGCAACUGUGAUAAGGAGUGGAAUACACCAAACUGUGCCGAUAUCCACACAAAAGUUGUUACUGGGACAGAUAAUGGGGAUACCUAUGAAUUUAAAGGAGUGGGGCAGAACAUGAAAAUUACACCUGAGUUAGAAUUCUACCAUAAUGCCUAUUUACAACUCUCCAGCUCUGUCAGUAAUAUCACGGGGUUUCCUAUCUGGACAUUUACGUCACAGCUGCAGAAUGUCGGGAUUUCCCUACUUCCUGUUACGCUAGCCGUUCUCUGGAUCCUGGUUUUUCUCUUCACAGCCUUUGGAGCACGAGUUUCUGGAUGGAUUUUGUUUAUACUGGGCCCUACCUUUGUGGGUAUGCUGUUGGCAGUGCUAGGUUAUGGCUAUAACAAUCUAGAGUCGGAACACUCCAACAGUUUUCUUUUGCGGUUUUAUAACCUGGACUUCAAAGGGUUCCUACAGCCUGUGGAUACCAGAGUACUCGUUAAUACUGUGAGUGAAGGCUUCGAUUUACUGAUGAAUUCCUUACCGGUGUGGACAGCGAUUCCUGUAACAAUGGGAAAGUUCACGGGAAAAGGAAAAAUUAGCCGAAACUUGGGCUGGUUGCUAGUGAUUGUGACGUAUGCUUUAGUGAUACAGAUCCCACAGCUGGCUAUGGCACCUUAUAUAGGAAACCUGUUGGCGAAGUCCCAAGUGAAGAGUGUCUUAAAAGAUGAUGCAUUGAAUGUCACCUCCAGGGGAAUGAGUAUAGAGCUUGUAUUUAAUGCGAUGCCGGCAGCCUUCGCUGAGUUGGAGGUUCCACCCGUUUACGCCAUGCUCUUUUUCCUAUCACUCUUCAUUUGCGGGUUUAUGUUUUUGUGUGUUGCGAUGUUGACGAUCGUUGAUAACAUCGUAGACAGCUUGACGUCACGAUUUGCACGGCUCUUUGACAGGAAGCACUGCUGUACCUUCGUAACGACAUUCUUUCUCAUGGUAGCCCUCAUGUGUUUAGGACUUUUGAUGACAACGAGGGCUGGGUUUUUCUACAUAAUUUUGUUGGACCAAUCCAUCACACGACUGAGAUUUAUCACUGUAUUCAUAUUGGCAGUAUCUGUUAUUAUUGUUUAUGUGAAGCACACAUUCAGCAUAGUAGAGAGAAUCUUGAUCAGUAUAUGGUGUAUCUUGGCUGCCACAGCCACAGCGGGAUUUUGGUUGUACUCCUUCAUUAUGUACCUGGGGUCUCCACUGACGUAUGCGGGUCAUGAAUAUUCUAAGGUGUUUGAUCUGGUCUCGUGGAUCAUCUCGGCUGUACCUUACAUAGCCAUUCCUGCAGCUGCCAUGCACAGCUGUGGCUUGUACGAGGGAACCUGCAAAGAGAGAAUGCAGUACAUGUUUUGUGGUAACCAGGAGGAACCACGCGACUACCAGGGUUACUACCCGGCCCCUGAGCCCAGUGCCCCACCUGCGUACUCCUACAACACCAACAGCUUUGGACGUAAUGGCUCUAUGUUGUAUCCAAUGAACGACAUCCACAAAGAUGUUUACGACCCUGAAAUGGAACCGUUGGACACACGUCUACGCUCGAGUCGUAUUUAGCAAUGAAUGGCUGGUGUGAAUCUCAAAAGGAUGAGGUGGAUCUAGAAAACAAAGUGGAGUGAUUCAUAACCUUUCAUGUAGUCAGACAUGGACGCAGGGUUGUGGAGGUGUGGGUAGUGUAAUGUUAUUUUCAUACCAAGGAGAAAGAGGAGGUGUAUUUAAAUAAAUGCUAGAUCUGCAGACAGUCUAAAGCCUUAAACAGGGGAUCUCACCAGUGAUUUAUCAUUUUAUAGGGGAAGGGGAUGAAAUCAGAAUGUAUAUAUGGAACAUUGUUAUUAAUUAACAUACAUUUUAGUGUGUGUUUCUUGUAAUUACGUGUUGUAUUGAAUACUCUGAAAGAUUUGUUCUUUUUUGUAUUGAAAUUGCAUAAUUAAUGCAGGAAAAAAGAAAGUUUUGAAUUUUUAUAGCUGACCAAAAGAUCAUGUUUUCAAUUUUUGAAUGUAUGAAAUACAUGCAUAACACAGGACUGUAUUUCCCCCAAAAUUAUGUGUUUUCUCUUUUAAAAUAAUGAAGUUCUGUAUUGCAUUUUGAUGGAAUCCAUAAUAAAUCAUUUUCAUUUUGUUAAAUUUUAUCUGCAUAAUUAUAAUUUUUAUCUUUAAUAUGGAUAAAAAAUUACUUCAUUCCAGUAAUACAAAUCACACUUCUUUAUAAUGCAUUUGUGUCAGUAUGACAAUAUAAUCUCAUACAAGUUUGAAAAUAUGAAUUGUUUUAGACUUGAAUGAAAUCAAAGUAUUGUGAACUAGUCCAGUAGAAUACAAACAUUGUAUAUAUAUAUACUCCCAUCAAUUUAUGUUACAAGAAUGUUAUAAAUACUCUUCUAUUAAAUUGAAAUGUUUAAUGUGGUAUUGCUUUAAUUUAUAGUUGUUUAAGAAUGAAUAUCCUAGUUAACUGUAAGUCAGAAAUAUGAAUGCCACAUUCAUGUAGAGUUGGAUUUAUGUGUUACAAUUUACCCAUACUCCAUAGAGUGUCAAUUUUCUGGGACUGCUUUUGAUUCCCUACAAGUAACGAAUACAGUAAAACACGGCGACCACGCUUAUAAUGAAUUACGCUUACAUUGAAGUGAUUUUCAUUCCCUGUUGUGAACUGAAUUUAUAUAAAGAGUUACGUUUAUAAUGAAUCAAAUUUGUUGGUCCCUUGCACUUCACUAUAAGCCUGUUUUACUGUAUGUAGUGUAGCAUCACGUAAUACUGAGGUGUCUGGAGCUUACAAAAUGAGAAGUUUACAUUGUGUAUUAUCUAUAGAGAGGCGGCACAGCACGUUUAAGUGGAAUAUUUCUGUUAUGUUAUGAAUACUAAUAUAAAUCUAAUUAAGUACACCAUAUGGGGUAAAAUUUGACACAAAAUUUAGAAAGAAAUGUUAUAAAAGAAACUUUCUCUUUUUAGAGUUUAUUUUUUUUUUUUUACCCAUAAUUACAUUUCUCCUAAGUAACACCAUUUCAUCAUCCUUCUUUUUUUUUUUUUGCAAUGUUGAUAAAAUGCAUUAUGAAGUAAUUCAAAGAUUAUAGUGUAUGUUUCAACCAAAGUCAUUGCUAAUUGAAAUGGACAGUAGGCUUUGCUUUUGAAGUAUUGAGGUUGUUAAAAAGAAAGUGAUGUUUGAAUUGUUUAUAAUCAUAAUAAAAAAGAAUAUACUGGUUAUAUACUGUAACUUUUUUUCAUGUGGUAUAUUUCCUUUUUACAGAUUUCUGUACAUGUAUUUGUAUAUUGUGUUGAUAAGUAACUUACCAUAAGGUAAUUUUGAACUGUACUGUACAUUUAUCUUUUAAUAGAAAGCAAUUUCAUU